AUGUCACCCACUCAUCAUAGCUCGGCAAGUUUGACAGGCACUGCUGGUGGUGGUGCUUCGACAGUGGUCGGCAACAUGGUUUACGGGAAUUCCACCACAAUGAAUAACAUGGCCUCAGUGGGUGGCGCCUCAGUCAUCUGUAGCAGUGAUAGUGGUAUUUCAUCGAUAAUCUCCUCGACACCCUCUCUAACGCAGCUCUCCCCACCACCGGCCGUUGUUUCAAAUGCCGUUUCCUUGGCCAUUUUGGCCUCCAGUGUCAUAACCACAUCAAGCGGCAGUGGCAGCACCGGCGUUGCCACCUCGAUCACCAACAACAAUGGCAGCAGCAAUAGCUGUACUCCUGGUAGCGGUAGUGGCAGUGGUGGGCGCUGUAGCCCCAUUAUUGGUGGCAUUACAGCAAACCUCACCAAUGGCCUGGCUUCAUCCUCCUGCAUUUAUGGCUCCGCGCCACCAUCCUCUACGGCCGCCUCUUCCUCCGGCAGCCCUCUUCUUUUCACGGAACGCACCUCGCCAGCUCUAAGCAUGCUGAGCAGCAGUAAAACCAAAACUCUUAGCCCCUUGCAGAAUUCUUCCAUUAGCUCCAUGUCACCAUAUGGCUCCGUUACGGGCGUAACUUCCUCCUCCUCCUCUGCGGUAAUACCCACUUCCAGUCAAACGCAAAGCUGUACCGGCUCGAACUAUUUGAACACCAUCAAAAUGCUGGGACCCGCUGCCUCAAUCGAUUUGGGCUCCUCGCCACUGACACAUCGGAAUUAUCCUACCAUUAAAGGUUUUACGUUUCGUAGAAGCUUUGAUGAUAAAAUAAUUGCCGUAUCGACGUCUGCGGCCGUUGGGCCCGUCAGUAGUCAGUCACAAACGUCGCUGGGUGGUGCGGCUGUGUCAGCCUCCCCCUAUUUACCCUCCCAUUUCCCGGCAACGGCCUCACACCAUCAUCACUAUCAUCAUCAUUUGCAACAGCAAUCGCCGCAGAUACCCCAUUUCGCCCAUUACCAUCCCCAACAUCCUUCGCACUUGCAUCACCACUCGGCACUGCACCAUCCUCCCUCCUCCGGCCAUUUGGCCGCUGUACAUCAUUCGCAUCAUCACCAUCCGAAUCACAAUCAUCCCGUGGCGCCGCCAACGUCACAUCAUCAGCAGCUGGGAGGUGUAAGUGGUGGCGGCGGCGUCAGCAGCGGUGGCAGCAGCAGUAGUGGCGGCGGUGGUGGUGGUCCAUUCCAUCACAGCCAAUUCAUGUCAUCUGCCGUUAAACAUUCCGUCGCCUCUGCCAACGUUGCCGCCUCAUUUUUGCCUCCGCCCCUGUAUGCACCGCUGACAUCGUCACAGUCGACCACCAAAUUAUCGCAUCGCGACGAUUUCUUGCAACAAAUUGGCUAUUUGCCAACCACACGGAUUUAUAGCACUCCAUCCAGUCUGGUGGAUGAGGAUAAGGCACAGCAGGAUUUUUUGUCGUUAUCCUUGUCGCCGCCAUUAAAUCGACGUCGUGAUAUGCCAGCAUUGCGUGGACCAUAUGUUAGUUUGUAA